AUGACCAGCGCCACCCCGCAGCAGCUCGCUCGGCCGCCGGCGAAGGCCAUUCCGCUUAAACCCAUAUUGAAGUCGUCUUCAUCAUUACUCAACACUAAAAGAACUAGCGAUGACGCUGGCCUCGACAGUGAUAGCAUGGAAGCUCCCGAGAGUCCCCGAAAACGCCAGAAAGUAGAGUUCGAUUUAAACAAUAUCGAGAUUCACGAGAUUGGAAUACGAUCAGUAGACGAAGUAAAACAGGAGGUUAGAAAGGCCUUGGAUCGCCAUGAUCAGGGAGACGACGAGGACUACGACAUAUUGAAAGAGACGCUAUCUGGAAAGCAGUCGUUAUAUGAAGAUGACGAAGACGAGGAUGCGGAUCCUACUUUACCAGCAAAGCGACGUCAGGAACUUAAGGUUUACUUGAUCUCACUUGCAAGCUUCUCUCCUCGUCUAGGUAGAUCAUGCGACGGUCUGGUUAAGAGCAUUUUACAAUGCCAAUGGCUUGGGCGGGACGAGCAAUUUGCGAAAAUCUACGUCCAAUUCCUCGCGGCUCUCGUCAGUGCGCAAGGCGCCCGUUUAACACAAGUCUUAUCAUCCAUCGUCGACAAAUUUACCGAUUCUCGACCCUCUGAUUGGGCGGUUCCUACCUACCCUAGCGUCAACCGUGAGACUGCUCAAGAAAGACUUCACAUUGCACUACGAUACCUAAUACAAUUAUUUCCCGCCGCCAAGCCUGUCCUAGAGCAUCUUACAGCUACUAAGUACCCCUUCCAUGACGAGUCAAAGCGUAUGCAUUUGGUAUAUGUCGACAAUCUUUUGAGACUACGAUCAUACUGCCCUGAUCUGAAGACUGAGAUCAUGGACCUGAUCGUCAGCCGCCUAGUAAAAAUCGACGUGGAAAUGCAAAUGGACCUGGACGAUAUGGACGAUAGGCUUACUACAAUGGUGGCGAUGGCUCUCCGUUCUUCUCGAGAGAAUAGAAAUCAGGACGAAGAAGAUGAGGAUGAGAGCGACACUGAGUCGAUAGACAGCGAUGAGUCUGAAGAUGACGAGUAUACGCGCGUGAAAACAGCAAAAGAGAAUAUCGAGAAGAUGGAUUCUGUUCUUGAUACCCUCUUCGAGCUCUAUACGCCUAGCUUCGCUGACCCGGACUCGGACGAAGCUCUAGAGGCGUUUGAGGACCUACUAUCCGAAUUCUCGAACAUCAUCUUACCUACAAUUAAAUCAAGACAUACUCAGUUCCUAAUCUUCCAUUUUGGCCAGAAAUCUGAGAGGCUCAUGGACGCGUUCUGCGGCACAUGUAUCAACAUUGCUUUCGAAUCUCAACGUCCAAUGGUGCUACAGCAGGCGGCGUCCGCCUAUUUAGCGAGCUUCGUCGCUCGUGGAGCACACGUGCCAGGUCAUAUUGUCGUAAAGAUCUUUGAAGUUCUAGGUUUCCACUUAGAUCAGAUGCGAGCCCUCUACGAGAUAUCAUGCCGUGGGCCUGACGUCCGCCGAUAUGCGCCAUUCUACUCGCUAGUACAAGCGUUGAUGUAUGUUUUCUGCUUCCGAUGGCCGGAUCUCAUCAAGUCGGUACCCGAAGAGGUCGAUACAGAUGACCUUUCAUCGUAUCUAGGCCAGGAGAUCGAAUGGGAGCCGGAGAUCAAAGAUAUCAUGCGUCGUAAUAUCCAUUCGAAGCUGAAUCCACUCAAAGUCUGCUCGCCAGUGAUCGUGGAUGAGUUCGCAAAGCUAGCCCAUCGGUUUGGAUUCAUGUAUGUGUACCCAACUAUCGAGUCGAAUAAGCGACUUCGUCUAUCACAGUUCUCAGUCGGUGCAUACUCUAGCGGAGGUGCCCUACGCGAUCUAUCUUUCGAUAUGAACGAUGAGAGCUGGCAGCAGCUAGGAUCCUUCUUCCCAUUCGACCCGUAUCAACUCCCAGUAAGUAAGCGGUGGGUAGAGCAGGAUUACCUACCAUGGCGGUCUAUACCCGGCCUCGACCGAGACGAGCAGGAUGAGGAUAUUGACGAGGAGGAACGAGAUGAUGAGAACGAAGAAGUGGACGAAGAUACCGCCACAGAAGAAGAGCCUAGCGAGGACAAAUAG